AUGGCGGAGGUACAGAACUCAAACCCCACGAUCCUAAACGUGGCCGAUCUCCCCACGAGAUCCAGGUCCACCAAGAAAUCCGGCGACUAUGAUUAUACCUCCGGUAUCUUCGCCGCCGUCCCCAACCCGGCCGAUUUCCUCUCCUCCGACUCAGAAGACGACGACCUUUUAGAGGAGCCCAUCGACGAGCAAGAGAUCUUCGAUCUAAUAAAAUUAAUCUCCGACCCGGAACACCCCCUCUCCCUCGGCGAACUAGCCGUAGUCUCCCUCCCCGACAUAUCCAUCAAACCAACCCUACCAAGCGUUCCCUCCUCUCCCCUCCAAACAGUCACCGUCCUCAUCACGCCCACAAUCACACACUGCAGUCUAGCAACAGUCAUCGGCCUCGGUGUCCGCGUUCGACUGGAACAAUCUCUUCCCCCGCGCUUCCGGAUGGAUGUACGCAUUAAAGAAGGCACUCAUAGCACUGGUGAUGAGGUGAAUAAACAGCUCGGUGAUAAGGAGCGCGUUGCGGCGGCGCUGGAAAAUGGGGCGCUUAUGCAGGUUAUUGCUAAGAUGAUGGAGACUUGUCGAUGA